UCCGGCCGACGCCGGUUCUAAAGUUAGCGUUGAUCGUUCCGAGUCGUCGAUGAUCGCAAAAUCGCGCGUGCAGCAACCGUAAUCAGUAGUUUCGGAGCAGGCGAACGAGCAGCACACCACGCACCAUUAUUAUUCCCAUUGCUACAUUGCUACCCAGCGAGCGACCGACCAGUUCCGGGUAAUUCUCCAAAAUGGUACAUCUUCGGGUCGCUGCUGUCGGUGUUUCCGCAGCCAUAUUGUUCCUGUUCGCUGGUCUGCUACCCGGUGGUAGCGCGUACGUUUACCUGAACCCAGCAGGCAAAAGCCCAGAUCGGGAGGGCCACUGCUACGACAAGGACUCGAACACGACGUUCCCGAUCGGGGAGGUGCAGCAGCGCUUGGGACGCUGCGAGUCGAUGCACUGCACCAGCGACUACCACAUCAGCAUUAUGGGCUGCGGUCUGAUAGGCGCCGGACCGGGCACCCGAGUGACCGAGACGGACUACUCCAAACCGUACCCGGAAUGCUGCCCACAGCUGGUACGGGAUGAUUCGAACGAUGACGUCAAGCCGGAAUAAAACGCGCGCGACCAAACAACGGGAGCGCUAUCAAGAUCAAAACUAUCAAAAUGCCCUGACCCUGAUGAACGCGUACGUUGAUAAAGCGGACAGGGGGGAUGCUGCACAGACACAACAGGCACUGUAGGCCAGUGGGCGUUUUUAAUAAAGCAAAAAACCAUCAAAACCAUCAGCCCCUUAGGUGUGGUGAGGCCCCCAUAUCACUGACGCGGUUUUUG